UAGGAAGCGAGAAGGCGUUACAGCAUAGGCUCGGAACUAAUGAUGCGUCUAUUGAAUCUGUCGGAUAUACCCUCCGAAUUACUCAAACCGCCCAUACAAGUUAAGUUCCAGACAUAAUAUUUAUAUAAUGGGAAGGGGAACCUCAACCUCUAGGUACUUUCAUAACCCGGAUUCACUUCGACGACACCCAAAAUGAUAUCAUCCAUCAGGAAAUUGGUAUGCUGCGCCAGAAAGCCCCGGUCUCCCGCUUGUUCCGUCAAACUCCAGCCACAACAUAUCGGUGAAGCGUCAACCAGAGCGUCCGAUGCACCGCCGUGUCCUAUGCUUAACGAUGUUCCUCUGGAGAUUCUGCAACUGAUAUUUCCUUUGAUACCGUUCCUCUCGCAGGUCUGCCUUGCACUCACCUGCAAACCUCUCUACCGACUAUUAGGCCACGUUCUCAAGGACGAUAGACUAGCCUGGCCGAGAGCGCUGGCCAUGAAAACAUAUGAGGUCCCAUUAAACCAACCAGAUCAUCUCCGAAACCAGCUGCUACUCCUCCUUGAGGACGACCGCUGGCUGUAUUGCUCAUGGUGCCUGAAACUCCAUCCACAUGCCUUAUUCCUGCGUUUAGACUGUGGGAAAGACUCCCCCCCGUCUUUACACCGAACAUGCAUUCAUAGCGCUGGAGUCGUGGACCUGUGCCCCUGCCUCUCCUUGACGUUUUUUGACCGAAUCCGACUGGAGGAGUGGCUACAAACCGGGCUGGCGGAUACCAUCACCCGUUCCCCGCGUGUUCAUCAGGCAUUCCAGCUGUCAGUUCUGGAUGGACAGCGAUAUCUCCUACACCAGUGUUCCAUAACAGACCAUAAGUAUGCGUUCGUUAGGAUUUUUAUGAAGAUAAUCCUUGACGAAGACGGAUUGCUGGUGGUCCGAACAAGAUAUUAUGUGCGUAUGUGCAUGAAUACGCCCCAGCCGGAUCCUCGAGUAUUAGCAUCAUUAUUGAUUCCUCCCCGCUAUGUGGAACCAGUAUUUAUGUGUCCAGAUUUUGACAUCCUCACAUUUAUACGGGAUCCAAGGCUCUGGACAAGCAAUACCUGUCAUGUUUGCCCGGCAACUGCAUACAUCAUUAGUUGCGCAAAUGAUGGAGGAUAUGUUCUUCAGUGUACACGGAGUUUAGGGAGAAUGGAAGAGCCUAAAUAUUAUGCUUGGAAUAGAGGCUCUCGUAAACGUCCGGAUAGUUAUCUGCGGGUUUGGUAUAAGCUCAACAGCAAUGGGGGGAAGACUUAGUAUUCAUAAAAUAUUCUAUCAAGAAUUUCGCUAACCUCAGCAAUAUAUGCUAUCAUGACUCUAUCUACUUCUGGUCAGUUAUUUAUACCACCAACGUCCUUGGGCUUUACUGGCAGCUACUAGGGAGAGAUAACCAAGCGUUAAAAAUUUCCACAAUACGAAUCAACAACUACUUGAGAUUUCCACCAUAAGAACGGGGCAAGCCUUAGAGAUGGGCUUGAAAAUCGGAACUGGUUGGACAAUCGGUGAUAAGCCAACUACUGUGAUAAUAACUAGGAUAGCUACCUUUGUCUCCCACCUC